CUACAGCUAAUCUGUAACAAAUCUACGCCAGAAGAGUAGAGUGGGUGCGCGGUACGGCGACGACGACGCCGCCGUCGUAGGCGCAGCUUGCAGUACGCGCCGGUAUAGCGCACGUGCGCGAGCGUCACACAUCACGGACACCCAGAAAUUCGCUUAGUUAGUUCCCAGACUCCGUGCCACUCGCACGCAUGGAGCUCUAGCAUUUCCCGCGCACGGUAGUGAUAACUGACAACCGGUGAUGCCCGCAAAUCGGAUCUAGUGCUUAUCAAACUCCUUCGACUACCACAAGUGCCAACCUUUAUAUAUAGGGAGCCACGCCGAUGUGUUCGCUGGGAGAGUCGGGCCGCUGAGGCCCGCGCGGGCUGAUGGCGGCCCCGGGUGUGCUCGCGCUGCUGGCGGCCGCCGCGCUGGCCGCACUGGCCGCGCUGGCCCAGCCGGCGCUCGCCGCGCGCUUCGGGGACCGACUCGCGCCGCGCGUGCCCACCUACACGCCGCGCCACGCGCUCCACGACCGUCACGUCUCAAGUGCCGACUAUGAGGAGUACGACCAGGAGUAUGAAGAACAAGCCUCCUUUGAAGAUCGUGAGGCUACUUCGGAAACGGAGCCUCCACCUCGACGACCAGCCCGUACCGAGGCUCACCGUCUUGAAAUGAGCACUGAAUACUUUGUAGUACCCCAAAGAACUUCAUCAACGCCGCCGCCUCCCACUCCUUCGCGACCUUUCGUAUCUACAACCACACACCGUCCAUUAAAUACGACAGUGCUUGUACAAACGGCGCGUAUAUCGAUGGGAGCUCUACGGCAGGAAUCUUGGGCGGUCCCAAUUUUGGCUCUGGCCUGCGUGUGUAUGGCAAUGAUUGCUGGUUUCGAAGCAUUUGUCGUGUGGGGCGCGAGCCGCACGGCGCCCAGCCGCCGUCACCUACUCCUGGGUCAAACGCUGCUAUUCGGUUUGUUCACCUGCGCCGCUUCAGCCGCACUGUACGUCGCCACUCCCACUGUGUUCACUUGCGGUGCCGUGCGUUUCGGAACUGGAGUCGCAUACGUAAUCGUAUUCGCGUCUUUACUGGUGAAGUGUGUAUUUUUGCUCAGCUUGAACGGUGGUGUGUAUCUGCCGGCCGCUUACCAAGGACUUUUGUUAUUUUUCGCGGUAAUGAUUCAAGUGGCCAUCGGCGCCCAGUGGCUAGGCGGAUCGCCACCGCGAGUGAUGACCGGCGCGGGCAGAUGUGACACGCAGUUAUCGGACUUGUUGAUGUCGUUGUGCUACGCGGCGUUCCUGAUCGCCGUGGUGUGCGGCGUGGCGUUACGGUCGCGCGGCAUCCGCGACAACUACCGCGAGGCGACGCACAUCGCGGCCGCAGGCGGCGCGACAGCCGCGGUGUGGGUGUGCUGGGUGGCGGCGGCGCUGGGCGCGCCCGAGCGGCACCGCGACGCGUGCGUGGCGGCGGGGCUGCUGGCGACGUGCGCGGUGGUGUUCGCGCUGAUGUUCGCGCCGAAGGGUCGUCGGCUAGCGGCACUGGGCCGAGAGGGCCGCUGGGACGCGGACCGCGACGAGGGCCUAAGCUCGCUGGGCGCCGGCGGCUCGGGGUACUCGCCUUCCUUCUUCCACUUUAAGCCCGUGAAGUACGGCAUGGUGUCGGCCGCGGCGCCGCUGCCCGUGCCGCCGCCCGUGCUAGAUCGCAAGGAGCCGCCCGCUCAGCCAGCCGAUCUGUACGGAGCGAUGUUCGCGAACUCGCCGCACAUGCAUGCGCGCCCUCUGUGCCCCCCACCGCACUACCCCCUGCACCCUCUAAUGCACUACCACUACCCGCCUUAUCACUACAUGUUGCCACCAGGCAUGAUGGUGCGCGAGGAGGGCAACGUGUACACGACCGUGGAGCCCACCUUCAGCAGCAACCCCAACGUAUUCUUCCAGCGCACGGAGCCGUUGCAUGCCGGCAUGAUGUACUGAGCAUCUGACAAACCAACGUUCCGCCGCGAACAUGGAUUUGACAGCACCGCCUAGCGACCAGCCUCGUUUUACUACCACGUCUAUUUAAGGACAAGAUAUUAUGUUUUGAGAUUAAUCUGCCCGAAGUGUGUUAAGAUAGCGAAUAGUAGACUGUUACUCGUUGUAUUUCUCCGAAAUAAGAGUUUCAUGAGAUCUUAAUUAGGUAUAAGCGAGGUCUCAGUAAUGUAACGCCAUCUGGUGAAACUCUUAUAAAGGUUGCAAAUCUUACGAGCAACGUGGAAGUUAUGUAUGGCGCCGAACUGGAACCACUAUAACCUAUUUAAAAUGGGGACUGAAUCUUACCAAGAAAUUGUAUGUCUUGUAAUUUUGUCCAAAAUAUGCCUGUGGAGCAAUUCUACAUAAACUGAAUUUUUAUAAUGAUAAAAUAUCCGAAAAACGAUGCUGGAAGACUGCUGUUACUGUAUAAAGUUGGAUAAAAAAUCCCUAAUUUUUAAAUAGCUAGGAAUCAUAAGCAGGCAGGACAUUUAACUUUACUUGCGACCAAUUAAUGAAAUCAAGACUAUAUACGUCACGUUGUCAAGUGUUUGAGGAUUGAUGUUUUUAUCAAAACAUUUAAUUUGAACUUUCAUUCUUUCGGUGUAAAUGCGUUUUUUGUUUUGCCCUUUCGGCGAUGUUCCUGCUAAAGAAUUAACGUUAAGAUGAAGUGUCCACAAGAGUUAACAUGAUGUUGAGGGUGUGAAGGCUUAUGUAAUCGUCGUAAUUCUUUACAUACAUAUAUACCUACUUUAUGCAGUAGUAAGCAGUAUAACUAAUAUCCGAAUUUUAUAAAUAUAAGUCGAAUUUGAAAAGAUAGUGAAAACGAGGUUUGUGAUUUUACGUGUACUUAACCCACCCUGGAAAACUGAAUCAGCUGAUUUCUGAAUAGGUUAAAUAUUAUAAGAUACUAUUAGGUUUACUAAUGUAAGCUCUCUUUUAUAGUAAUGUGUAAAUAAAACUUCUGAAGACUG